UUUGAUGAAAUCACCCAGCGGUCCCAGUGCGCGCUGGGGGAGACUCACUCAGGUCCUGUGCGUUUUGAAACUCCGGGGUUCCUGGGGUUCUGCCAUGUCCUGGGAGUCCAGACCCUGAGCAAACCGAACUCAGGACGGGUCUGAGCGGAGCCAAACAACCAAGCCAGCCACUAAAAUCUCUUGCAUUUAUGCCAUAGGCCCUUGCUGAGUUAUGAAGGAAAUUAGGUCACAAUAAACUGGGGUUUUCAGAGUGAUGUCUAUUGGACAGGAUGCCUACUUGCCUUUUUGUAGUGCCCUCCUCCCCCCAACCACUGGUUAUUUAACACCCUCUGGUCAAUAACCACUCACUAACCAGGAGCCCUGUGUCAACACCUGAACUUAAGCUGCCCGGAAUGGAUUUUCCACUCUCUAUUUAAUAUGCCCAGUGGUACCUGAAUCCACUGGCAGUAUAGGCAGUUGGAGCAAUGGCUGUUCCCCCUUAUUGCUCAGGGACAAUGUGAACAGAGGAUAUAGUUAAUCCCUGGUCAGCUGGGAGCUGGGAGGAAAGAGCCACAGGACAGAAUAUUCCGCACAUUUUCUUUGAAAGAGGAGCUGGGUUUGAGGCGGUGACAGACUUGGUACCAUCGUGCAUCAACGGCUGAGGGAGACGGUUUACGGCCACAGUUUUUCACAGAAAAUGCCAGCAGUCAUUAAUGUUGCCGGUAUAGACCUCGAAGAGCCUGAAGAUUCAACCCCUUCCUUACAUUCCAGCUCGGAGCAAAUCUGAGAGGUUUGCUUCAUGGGACGAUACUGAGCUGGGAGCAGAUUGGUCUAAACGUCUUCACGUUGUCUCUCUGUUGCUGUGCUUUAAUUACAUUUAUCUCCAUUAACUGUGAAUGCUGCCUAAACCCAUCAAUAUUUAAAUGAAGGAUAGCUGGACACAAAUGCCGAAGAAAAAUGUCCAAGUUGUUUAUUUACUCUUAUCAGCUUGAAAAUCGCGUUAGGAGAGUUCUUAGCAGACUGAAGAUUGAUCGCUCACAAACAGAGUCAAUUCAGGAGCUUUACUUCAGCGUCCAGCUCAAAACAGGGAGCUGAUAUGCAGGAGCAGAGCAAAAGAUAUUCCAAUCUGUAUUCUGGAUUUACGAGAGGGAUUCCAUCAGAAAGAUGGGAUGGCAGUGAGAUGUUCUCUCUCUUCUCUGAAUCUGUACGUUCCCCGUAUCGUACAUACCAGUCAGACUCCUCACCACUCUCUGUAUCUCGAGUGUAUGAACCUGUUGGGAGAUCUGACCCAAACAUAAUGGCAUCUACUGAUGAGUUACCCCGGUCACUCAAACACCUGGAGGCUGAGAAACCCCUCAAUGGGAGGUGUCUGUCCACUGUGAAGUAUAGCACCUGCCUCGAUACGUCUGCUUUCUCUCAGUGUGUACCGAAAAGGAAAGCUACGUUAAGCUCACACAACAUCAAUGUGGGUAGAUAUACCUCACACGAUGUCGAUGUGGGCAGAUAUACCUCAUUGGGCCAAACCUUGACUGGCAGCCUUGGCACACCAGGCUCUACCCAUAAGGCGCUGCGUGAGAAAGAGGUCACACCUUGUUUCUCAGAAUACUGCGCCAUGAGGCAAUCGGAUUCCUUCAGGGUGGUUCGGGACCGCACCUCCCCAGACUGGGACCCUGACGAGGAAUACCAAGCUCUACUGGAUUUUACGUAUCCCUUAAGACCAGGGUACAUGAGCUCCAGGGACAACUUAGACGACGAUGAUGACAAUAUGACCUCUGACUCCUGUCUAAAGGAUUCAGGGAUCGUGGAUGACAGUCCAAUACCCUCCCUGUCAAAUACAUUAAUUACAAACGCUUUGUCAUCACUACCUACCUCCCAGCCUAACCCCAGCAGUGCUGCUAACAUCACCUGGGGCCAUCCUAGCUACAUGGAGGAUCAUGUGUACACUCCAUAUUCUUCCUCCAGUUCCCUCCGCCUGCAUAACCAGCCGUCCUAUUGGCUGUCCAGUCGAUCGCCUAAAGCUGGUAUUAAUCCAAACACCUUUCUGGAGAGUUCUAUGAGGAAUAAGACACAAGGUGUGACGAACCGGGCCAAUCCUGACUGGGCCACGGUCACUUCGGUUGUUGAUUCAAGUUUUCUUUCAAGCAGCUCAAACGAGGAAUUUUCCAAGCCCUUGCUCUCAGGGAAAGAUCCUAAAGGCUUCACAUUAUCCAGGCAGAUCCUGCCCUUGAACAGAGAGUGGGACAGUGAGGAGGAUUUUCUCACUCUCCCGUAUAAGCUGAAAGAAUUGGAAGCCUUGGCCCACCAGCUGGAGAAGCUCUCUGUUCACGUGGAGAGCAAGUCUGCCUUUGCAGCCAAUGGGAUGAGACUGGGCACGGGCAGUCCAAGUGGCAGUACCGAGGGGACCCCCGCCGUACACAACAACAACACUGAGGCUGCUCCGUCAGACUGCCAACUGGAAAUUAGUCCCAGAAAUCAACCCAAGAAUCCACAGUGUGAAGAUAUAAUCGCUGAUUUAAAAAAGGCCAAUGAAUUUAUUCAAAAGUUGGGCACAUGGUCUAGUUCUCAACUGCUAUUCAACCAGCCCUUUGAACAAGUAGCUGACAACAAUGACAGUCUAUUGGCUCACAUUCAGAGCUUUAGCUCUAAACUUGAAGAAAUGGUCCAGUGGUUGUAUGAAGUAGCAGAGACCACAGAUAACUGGAUCCCACCACAGCCCACAAUGGACAGUAUCAAGGCUUCCCUGGAUAAAUGUAUGGCUUUCAGGAAUGACAUUAAGGAACACCGAGAGCUGACUGCGAGUGUGCUAAAGUCCGGAGAACACCUGCUCCAGUCGAUGAGCAGCGCCACGCCAGUUCUCAAAGAGACACUUGAAUUGAUCUCUAGACAAUCCAAGCAGCUGAAUGGGCACGCUGCCCACCUGUACCUGUCGAUUCUGGCUACUAUGGAUAAGGUGAAAGAUGAUUUGGAGACCAAGCAACAGGAAUUCGUAUCUGCUGGUUUGGAAAGGCAAUCAGUAUUGAUGCCAAGCGAUGUUGAGGAACAUGAUGCAUCAAACCACAUGAAUAUGGAUGAUCUAGUUUAAAAGGGCUGGUGAAGUAGUGAGAUGGUGAUGCUUCUUUUAAUUCAAGUUUGGGAAGAACUUGUUCUGCAAAAUUAUUGGCUUAAUUUUACACUUUUUUUAAAAAAAUGAGCAAUGAGUGUUUACACCUCCUGUAAUUAAUCUCUUCGUUUUAUGAUACUUGGUUACUUUUAUUGACACUUCAAUUAAACUUUCAAUCUGGUGAAAUUCAAGUCACACAAAAAAAAAUUCUUGUUCGCCUCCAAGACAAACAGAAGAAAAUCAGUAACUGCAUCAAAGGUUGUGAAUUACAGAGAGAUCAAGUUGCAGUCCAUACUGGGGUAUACAGGACUUCUAGAUGGACGAGACUUCCUCCUCCUAUUGAGAUGGAGUACAGUUAGGGGGAAACACUGCUCAAGUCCUCUCCCCCACUCCUACUUCCAUAAGCUGGUGGCUACAGGAAAAAUUCAAAAGCACAAAAUAACAGAAGAGGGAUUCUGACUAUACAGAUAUUCAUUUGACUCCAUAAUUUCCAUCAUACAAACAGAAAGGGAUAACCCUCAGUCUGAUUAGAAAAAAAAGUAUUGUUGCCCAAUAACAAGCCUGAUUGACCAAGUCAAGGUUCAACACUGAGUGUGAGUAACCUGUCUGUUAAUUCAGGUAAAACGUGACUAGGUGAGUGCAAUGAAGUUUUACAGGUGGUGUCGAUAUAAGGAACAAAUCAUACUUGACUAGAUAGUUUUUUUUCUAAACUUUGUAAAAUGACUUGUCUCAAAAGUAACUUGCUGUCACUGUAGUGUUAAUUAAAAUUUAUCUUAAGUAACCAGUGUGCAUAUAGUUUAAAUUGUUUUAGCAAGUUUGUAGAUUGCAAGUGGAAGAUAAUUAGCAAGAGGAAUAUGGAACCAAGGUCCACAUCAUACCAGCCUUGACCUUAUUGAAUAGUGAAACAGAUCGCUGAAUUUGGAUUCAUGGAUAUGUAUUAGUGUUUGCAACUUGGUGUGAACCUGGGCUCCAGAGACAAUAGCAAAAAUCUCCAUUCCCACAUACCCACACAGUGAGGGAAUUGCAAUAAUAUCCAGCAAAAAGUCAUAAUCCAUUCUAAAAGGCUUUUAAGUAAGAAAGUGGAUGACUGAAGAUGACAUGCAAGAUUAUAGUACAACUUUCCUCCAACUGUUAUUCUUGCAGGAAAAACUUCCUGUUUGAGCUGAAAACAAAAAUAGUUACACAAAUGAUCAGAAAAAGACAUCAAGUGGGACUUGAUGCCAGUGAAAGGGAGGCUAGCACUGCAUUACUCAGGGCUGGCAGAUUACACAGCUUAAUGUUACUGACUGUUGACAUGGCCUCCUUUGAGAAGGUCAAACAGCAACUUUCAAUUCCGUGCCAGUCUUGCACAAUGCCAAAAUGCUUCACAUAAGCUAACUGACUUGAAGGAACUAUUAGAAUAUUAAAGACAAAAUUACAGAAUGUUGGGAUUGGACAGAAAAGACAAUGGUGGAAAGAUGUAAACCAGCCAGAGCAAUUAAUAGCAGCCGGCCAUUAAGCCUGUUCCACCAUUCAGUAAGAUAGUGGCCUCCAAUUCUUUGUCACCCCCUCCACCCCUUGUGGAUCCAAGAUCUAACUCUGCCUUGUAUACUCUCACUGUGACAGUCAUUUAAUGAAGGGUCUGGGUCAAAGACCAACAACCCUCAAAAGAAAUGCUUCAUCUAAAAGUAAUUUCUCUUUAUCCAGUCCUAAGUUUCCCUAUGAAGGGAAACUUAUCAGCAACAUCUUUCAUUCUGUUAAACUCUGAGGAGUACAGGUCCAACCGACUCACCCUGUCCUCAGUAGGAGGAAUGGCCUCCAAUACAAAAUGCCCCUCCCAGAGUAGCAAGACCAAUGGCAGACAUAAUAUUUCUGAUGUAGUUUCACUAAUGUCUGAUAUAAAUGCAGCAAGACUUCACUGAUUAUACUCCAUGGCCCUUCCAUUAAUGGCCACCCGUUCAUUCUAUUUCCCUUCCCAAUUACUUGCUGUACUUGCACACAAUAUUUCAGAUUCACGUAAAGGACAUUCUGCAGUUGCAGUUCAUCUCCACCCUGCCAAAGUAAACAAUCUCACUUUCCAUAAAAUAACCCACCUGCCAAAUUUCUCCCUCCUUCACAAACUAUCCAUAGCUGACAUGUUGUCCUGAUCACAUUUUGCUACUUUAGCAUGCAGUCAAUCAAGUCCCUCACAUCAAUGCUCAGCACUAAUCCCAGUGACACUCCACUCACUAUAGUUUUCCAAUCUUAAAGUAAUCCAUGGGAGGGUGAACAGGCCCAGGGAAGUGUAGAAGUUGGGAAAGGUUAGAAAGCAGCCAUGCAGGGACAUUGCAUUUGCCUGUCCUUGUGGAGGGUAAACACCAAAAGACUGGGUGGGUCUCAGUGUUUGUGAAAUUGAUUUGUUAUGAUUAUACUUCAUUGAGAUCAUAUAUUUCAAUGUUUUCUAUGUAAUUAAUAAAUACAUACAAAAUAAAAAGAAAUGUGGAAGAAAAA